AUGUCAUCUCACUCUCUUUCUCUGCCUCCUCCCUCGGAAAUCUCUCCCUCGGCCUUUCACGAAGCACUCAAGCUAUACCCCUCGCUGGUCGAGAAGGUGUACAGAUCCAAGCUCAAGAACGACGCCAAAAAGGUCGCUGACGCGGUGAAGCGCGAUCGAUGGAGGUUCGAGGAGCUGCCUGCCGCUAUUGCUGCCGCCGCGGGCCGUGGAGCUACUACUGAAGUCGGACUGGAGAUAGCGCGGGCGGCAGCGCAAGCCUCAAAGAAGGACAAGAAUAAGAAAAAGCAGAGUCCUCCUGAUGUGCAAGACGCCAGCAGCAGCGGAUUGACUAAAGAUGCUGUGGAGAAGCUGGUUCAGUGGAAGAUAACCCACGGCCACUCCCGGCCCUUUCUCCCGGCCAUGGUGCGCAAGAACGACGCGUCGGCGAUCCAGACGCAGACGUCUCUGGCAUUCACCAAACUCUCCUCUGGUGAUACCGCCUCGACCGCCACCAUCACCGACGCCUUGGACGCGGUCUGCAAAUUGACCGGCAUCGGACCUGCCACGGGGACGCUGAUCCUCAACGUCUUCGACCCCGUCCACGUCCCCUUCUUCCAAGACGAGAUGUUCCUGUGGUUCUUCAACACCGUCGGCGCCGACACCAAGCUCAAGUACACCCUCAAAGAGUACCUGGCGCUGCUUGACGCGGUGCGACCCGUUCUACAGAGAUUGAACGUCGCCGCUGUCGAGCUGGAAAAGGUGUCCUACGUACUGGGACAUGUGGACGUGUUGGACCCCGCGGAGCGCCAGACAUUGCUGGAUGCGUCCAACGAAACGGACGACGCUGCAAGUGGGAAGGCCAGACACGCUCCGGUCCCGGCAGCGGAGGAUGAUGAUAAUAAUCAUGCUAAUGCAAAGGAUACCAUCUCUGCUCUACAGGAAGAGCCUCAACCAACUCAAAAGGGGAGAAAACGGGUAGCGAAAAAGGAAGAUGACGAGGGAGAGCAGGCACACGUCCCAAAGCGACGGUCACAACGCAAUAAGUGA